UGAUAAAUGCACCUAGUAGUUUCUUUGAUCUACACAGUACACUCUUUCACAAUAAAAAUUUAUCAUCAAUUUUUUGCAACUUCUGCAAAAUCUUUCACAAUUUAUUGGUAUGUCAAGACCAGGGAAUAAGAUCAUUCAAGCCAAGCUGGUAGGUACUUCUUGGAGACAUGGGAACAGGAAAAACUAGUUUAGCAUUAAGAUUUGUUAAAGGCCAAUUCUAUCAAAACCAGGAACCAACCAUAGGAGCUGCGUUUUUCACACAAAUAUUAUCGUUAUCUGAAGCGACAGUAAAGUUUGACAUAUGGGACACAGCAGGACAAGAACGAUACCAUAGUUUAGCUCCUAUGUAUUAUCGCGGUGCAGCAGCAGCAAUUGUUGUUUAUGACAUCUCUAGCAUUGAUACAUUUGUUCGAGCGAAAAAAUGGGUUCAGGAAUUGCAAAGACAUGGAAGUCCGAAGUCGGUGAUGGCAUUAGUAGCAAACAAAUGUGACUUGGAGCCAAAGAGAGAAGUUGAAACAGAGGAAGGAGAUCAAUUUGCUAAAGAAAAUGGAAUGUUCUACAUGGAAACAUCUGCUAAAACUGCUGAGAACAUCAACGAACUUUUCUAUGAAAUAGGAAGGAGACUAGCAAAAGCUUUUCCAUCAAAGCCUACUGGAAUAAAUCUAAAAAGUGAAGUACAAGAUGGUGGGAGAAAGUUUUUUUGUUGCUCAACGUGAUAUUCCAAUGUAAUCAUCAAGUCACAGAAAAGUGCCCUUGAUCCUUGAUCAUAAACCCUAAACCCUAAAUGCUACCCUAAAUGCUUCUUGUAAUACAUUGAUCUUUGAAUAACUACAACGUAAUGAAAUACUUGUUCUGUUUA